GAUAUCUCUCAUCCCCCGAGAGUUGUGCUACCAGUUUUAAUCCCAAAACCCCACCGUCUUCUUCGAUCACAGCAUCUCGCCUGUGAUCUUCUUACAACAACACCGCAAUCAUGGCUUCUAACGACAAGGGUUUGGAGGAGAUCCCCGAGGGACAGAUCGAGACCAACUACGAUGAGGUCGUUGUCGCCAUCGGUGACUUCAUGAACAUUGAGUGCCACGCCUGCAUUGGUGGUACCAACGUCCGUGACGACAUGAACGCCCUUCGCGCCGGCCCCCAGGUCGUUGUCGGUACCCCCGGUCGUAUCCACGAUAUGAUUCAGCGCCAUGUCCUCAAGACCGACCAGAUGAAGCUCUUCAUCCUCGACGAGGCUGAUGAGAUGCUUUCUCGUGGUUUCACCGAGCAAAUCUACGACAUCUUCCAGCUCCUCCCCCAGUCUACCCAGGUCACCCUGCUGUCCGCUACCAUGCCCCAGGAUGUCCUUGAGGUCACCACCAAGUUCAUGCGUGACCCCAUCCGUAUCCUGGUCAAGAAGCAGGAGCUUACCCUCGAGGGUAUCAAGCAGUUCUACAUUGCUGUCGAGAAGGAGGAGUGGAAGCUCGACACCCUCUCCGAUCUCUACGAGACCGUCACCAUCACCCAGGCCGUCAUCUUCUGUAACACCCGCCGCAAGGUCGACUGGCUCACCGACAAGCUCACUGCCCGUGACUUCACCGUCUCUGCCAUGCACGGUGACAUGGAGCAGGGCCAGCGUGAUGUUAUCAUGAAGGAGUUCCGUUCCGGAUCUUCCCGUGUCCUGAUCGCCACUGACCUCCUGGCCCGUGGUAUCGAUGUCCAGCAGGUCUCCCUGGUCAUCAACUACGACCUUCCCGCCAACCGUGAGAACUACAUCCACCGUAUCGGUCGUGGUGGUCGUUUCGGUCGUAAGGGUGUUGCCAUCAACUUCGUCACCGCUGACGAUGUCCGCAUGAUGCGUGAGAUUGAGCAGUUCUACAGCACCCAGAUCGAGGAGAUGCCCAUGAACGUUGCUGACCUCAUCUAAACUCCCUAAUACCAUCACCUAACGUCCCUCGAUGCGGAUUACGAAUGCAGUUGCCAAUAACGCUCCAAGGGUGAGCUGCGGUGGGAAAGACGUUUUGACAUCGUUGCGCUUCUCUUGGUAAAGGAGAAUCCUUCAAAAAGUGGCUUUCUGUGUCUCCAGCAUUUUCUCCUUUGUCUGUUAUUGCUUAUGGAGAUGCGACACGCUUGUGCGAUUUUAUUGCUGUAAUUCAUGGUUCUCUUCCGGAAACGCUUUUUCACACCUUUUUCCUUUGCUCUGUACCUAGCUCGCUCUCUGGUUGGUUAAGGAUGCUGCGUUCAUACUUGACCAAGGGGUCGGGCCAAAAAUGUGAUUAGU